AUGAACAGCUCUAUGGCUCAACCAGUCCACUACGCCGGAGGCUACGAACCCCAAGAUUCCAAGGAGUGGAAGGUGGUGAUCCCAGCCUUUUUAGGAAUGAUCUGCCUAGCUGGUUUUGCAGGAAAUGCGUGCGUAAUUGGGAUUCUGCUGUACAACUCAAAGAAAGGGAAACCAUCCAUGAUUCACUCCUUGAUCCUUAAUCUCAGCUUGGCAGAUCUGCUCCUUGUUCUCUUUGUUGUGCCUUUCAGGGCUGCUGCUUACUCGAAAGGAGCCUGGGACCUGGGCUGGUUCCUUUGCAAAACCUCCGACUGGUUCCGACAUGUCUGCAUGACAGCUAAGAGCUUGACCAUUGCUGUAGUAGCCAAGACAUGCUUUAUGUAUGCCAAUAACCCAGCUAAACAAGUAAACAUCAAGUGGCACAUCAUCAGUGCUGUCCUGUUGGCUAUUUGGCUGGUGGCCUUGGGAACUCCACUGCCACUGUGGUUCUUCAGCAACCUUUUAGAGCCAAAGGACGGCUCUGCUCUAUGCAUCAUGAUGAUUCCAGCCCAUGCUAAUGAGUUUAUGUCAGUCUUUGUCAAGCUCUAUCCCCUGCUGGUCUUUUGUGCUCCCCUCACCUUUGCUUUCUUUUAUUUCUGGAGAGCUUAUGGCAGAUGCCAGCGGAGGGGGACCAAGACUCAAAACCUAAGGAAUCAGAUCCGAUCCAGGGGCCUCACUAUGAUGCUUCUGAGUGUUACCAUCACCUCUGCAUUGAUGUGGCUGCCUGACUGGGUAUCUUGGCUGUGGCUAUGGCACCUGAGGAAGGAUUGGCUGGCUCCCCCACAAGGAUUCGUGGCCACUACCCAAGUUCUGAUGUUUGCCAUCUCUUCAGCCAACCCUCUAAUCUUUGUACUUAUGUCUGAGGAAUUCAGAGAGGGUUUCAAAGGCUUAUGGAAAAGGCUUAUACUGAAGAAGCCUCUGCCUACCCCAGAAUGUCGAGAGGAAACACCAUCUGAUAACUUGGAGGAUCUCCCCAAUUCUGCUCCGUCACCAGAGCCCAUGACUUCUGUUCCAGAGACAGAGCCCCCUUCUGUACCCCAAACCUCAGAAAGCAUGGAAAUCAAGAAAGAGAUGCCCGUUUUGCCAGAUGUUGAACAAUUUUGGCAUGAGAGAGAAGCAGUCCCUGAUGCUCAAGACAAUGACCCUAUUCCUUGGGAACGUGAAGAACAAGAGACAGUAGGUAGUGAUAAAAAAACUGAAACAGCUGAAAAGGCAACCAAAACGUUAUUAUAAUUUUGUGGCUUAUUUGGUGUAAUGCUGGACUGGAAUUUGGGGUACAUAAAGCAUUGUGACAUGGACUAUAUUGAUUUUUACCUUUUGCAUGUGUUCAGUAGGGUAUGGGACUUCAGCAUUCAUGUUAUGUACAGAAACAACAGAAUUAAUAGCUGAACCAUUUUGUUCUAAGGUUUUAUUAUGCAACUUGUUUAAAGUUCAUAUUCUGCAUUUUCAAGAGGGUGAUUUAGAUUAGAAAUUUCAGAAAGAAAAAAAUUGAAUUGGUGAAAUUAACAAAGUAGUUCUGUUUCAGUAAGUGAGCUGAGUGGGAAAGUUGCUUGAUGUGAUAAUAAAGCAAGGGGCUUUGUGCUUCAUAGUUCAAGUAGCAGGUUUUGUAUACGUGUUUGCUUCAAGAGAAAAGUUGCUGCUAUGAGCAGGCUUUGUUCAAAGCAAAAAGGUGCAGAGUAAAAAUGUAAUCUGGUUCUCUUAUUAAUGAAUGAGUUCGUUUCCCAUAUUUUCUUGUUAUUAU